UGUCUCCGCAUUCACACAGUGACCGGACAAGCGUGGAGGCCACCAUCAUCCUUUAGUUUUGAUUGCCCAUUUGUUGUGGUCGUUUGAUAAGAAUUUGAGUUUGGUAACUGAAAUCAAGUCAGUGGAAGUAUCAAGGGUCUUAUUUGAGAAAACAGGGCCUUGGCUUUGGUGGCAGUUUCUUUUGGUUUUGUCUGAUUUUUUUUUUCACACAGAACUUUAAAAGCUGAAGAUGAAGUUCUGAAGAAAAUUAGAAAAUAUUAAUGGGAAAGCCUCGUACCAAACGGCAUCUGAAAGCCAGUGAUCGAAAGGCUGGCAUUUGUCCUAGGAACCGCUCACAAAUCACCUUUUUUCUAUGAGAAGAAAGAAAAAAAUCUCUUGCAAAACUUUAAUCUUGCCUCCUGACUUCUACCGCUCAGUUACUGGACAGUGAGCUAAUCAAAAGAGGAAGCCGGGCAGCGGUGGCACAAGUCUUUAAUCCCAGCAGAGGCAGGCCAGUCUUCGCGAGUUCGAGGCCAGCCUGAUCUACAGAAUGAGUUCCAGGACAUCCAGGGCUACACAGAGAGACCCUGUCUCGAAAAACAAACAAACUGAAAGAGCAGAGGAAAAGCAAAGCAGAUGAGACGCACCAGAAACACAACAGCAUUGCCACAACGGCCACCGUAAGCAGGUUGAAUUGAGCCAACAACGGUCUAUGGAUUAUUAACACCGCUGCUUCACUCCACCAGUGGAGACAGAAAUGAGCCUACUUACUGCAGUGAAAGAUAAAGACAGAAGCAGAGCGAGAUUACUGUAUUUGACUACAAGUCUACAAAGUCAUUUCAUAGGCCAGAGAACAGAACCUGGGCUUAAGUUUUCUAUGUGGUGUAAUUCCAGUAAUUAACAGUAGGUGGCAGUAAUGAGUCCCUUUUUGCAAUGCUGAAAGCAGUUGCCAAAAGAAAAAAAAAGCUUGAGGUUGAGGAAGUGCUUGAAUUUCUUAUUGCUAUGCCAGAGAGGCAAGUUGUCUUGGGCAUGGUGCUACAUACAUCCCAGCAUUUUGGAAGCUGAGACAGGAGGAUCACUGUGAGUUUGAGACCAUCCAUUUUACAUAGCUACAAAAGAUUUCCUGAAUGCAGCUGGUGGAGAACUCAAGAUAGCCAGGACAUCCGUGGACACCCCUGCAGAAAGCUUGAGUGGAACCAAAGUUGGGUCCAAGACUUUAUACAGGUAAUCACAGUGAUGCCAGAGAUGCCAGGGUAGUCGCGACUCUGCCACCUAGGGGGUCUCUUCAGAGAGUCACGGGACACCUGAACUUUCCUCGUCAAAGCAUUAAAGGACGCGAAGAUCUGUACCCAUGUCGAAAGUGCUCUGAAGGAUAUAGCAGCUGCCUCAGGAAUGUUUAUUGCCAUACAAUGACUAAAAUGAAUUCUGUCAUCUUCUAUGUUAUCAUUGUCUUGGGAUUGAUACUUAUCAAAAUCCAAUUAUCUGAUGGAAGUGAACUCAUCAUUAAGAGGCCAAGAGCAAACCUCACCCAUGUGCCCAAGGACCUACCCUUGACAACAACUACUUUAGAUCUAUCACAAAACAACAUAUCUGAACUUCAGACUUCCGACAUCCUCUCGCUGUCCAAGCUGAGGGCCUUGAUGAUGCCCUACAACAGACUCCAGUAUCUUGAUAUUGGCGUUUUCGAAUUCAACACGGAACUGGAAUAUUUGGAUUUGUCCCACAAUGAGUUAAGGGUGAUUUCUUGCCACCCCACAGUCAACUUCAAGCAUUUAGAUCUUUCCUUCAAUGCGUUUGCUGCCCUUCCCAUAUGCAAAGAGUUUGGCAACAUGUCCCAGUUAAACUUCCUGGGACUGAGUGGUAGUCGGGUGCAAAGUGCGAGUGUGCAGCCGAUUGCUCACUUAUAUAUUUCACAGGUUUUGCUGGUGUUAGGAGACACUUACGGGGAGAGAGAAGACCCUGAGUGUCUUCAGCACAUUAACACUGGGGCUCUGCAUGUUGUUUUCCCCGAGAAAAGAGAAUUUGGUUUUAUGCUGGAUGUAUCAGUCAGCACUGUAAACAGUUUGGAACUGUCUAACAUCAAGUGUGGACAUGAAAACUCGACGUGUUCUCAUUUCUUAAGUGCUUUGUUAAAGCUUAGAAAGAAUCCGGGGCUAUCAAGUCUUACCUUAAACAACAUUGAAACAUCCUGGGAUUCCUUCCUUGAGAUCCUCCAGUCUGUUUGGCAUUCACCCGUAAAGUAUUUCUCAAUUUCAAACAUGACACUACAGGGGCAAGUUGAAUUUAGAAAUUUCAAUUAUUCUGACACUUCUCUGAAGGCUUUGUCAAUACAUCAAGUUGUCAGUGAAGUGUACAGUUUGCCACAAAAAUACAUUUAUGGUAUCUUUUCCAAUAUGAACAUCCAAAACUUCACAGUGUCUGGAACACGCAUGCUCCACAUGCUUUGCCCGUCCAAAGUUAGCCCAUUUCUGUAUUUGGACUUCACAGAUAACCUCUUAACAGACACGGUCUUUAAAGAUUGCAGAAACUUAGUUGAAUUGAAAACACUGAGUUUACAAAAGAACCAGUUGAAAAAACUUGAAAAUACAAUUCUUAUGUCUGCGGAGAUGAAAUCACUAGAAAAACUAGAUGUUAGCCAGAAUUUUCUGCAGUACAGUGAGGAGGAAAACCUAUGCUCCUGGACGGAGAGUUUACUAGUUUUAAAUUUGUCUUCAAAUAUGCUUACUGACUCUGUCUUCAGAUGCUUGCCCCCCAAGGUCAAGGUCCUUGACCUUCACAACAACAGAAUCAUGAGCAUCCCUAAAGAUAUCACCUACCUGCAAGAUUUGCAGGAACUCAAUGUUGCAUCCAAUUCUUUAACGGACCUUCCCGGAUGCAGGGCCUUCAGCAGCCUUUCUGUGCUGGUCAUCGAGCAUAAUUUAGUUUCCCACCCCUCAGUGGAUUUCUUUCAGAGCUGUCAGAAGAUCAGGUCCUUAACAGCAGGGAACAACCCAUUCCGAUGCACCUGUGAGCUGAGAGAGUUUAUCAGAAACAUAGGCCACAUAUCAGGGGAAGUGGUAGAGGGCUGGCCCGAUGCUUACAGGUGUGACUCCCCAGAAAGCGCUAAGGGGACCCCACUGCAGGACUUCCACAUGUCUCCAUUGUCCUGUGAUACUGUUCUGCUGAUUGUCACCGUCGGGGCCACUUUGCUGGGGUUGGUUGCCAUCAUGGCUUUCCUCUGGCUCUACUUUGAUCUGCCCUGGUACCUAAGGAUGAUGUGUCAGUGGACACAGACCCGGCACAGGGCCAGGAACAUCCCUGAAGAGGAACUCCAGAGGAAACUCCAAUUCCACGCUUUUGUCUCAUACAGUGGACAUGAUUCCACCUGGGUGAAGAAUGAAUUACUACCAAACCUAGAGAAAGAUGGCAUACAGAUUUGCCUCCAUGAGAGAAACUUUAUCCCUGGCAAGAGCAUCAUGGAGAACAUCAUCCAUUUCAUCGAGAAGAGUUACAAGUCCAUCUUUGUGUUGUCUCCCCACUUCAUCCAGAGUGAGUGGUGCCAUUAUGAGCUCUACUUUGCCCAUCACAAUCUCUUCCACGAAGGGUCUGAUAACUUAAUCCUGAUCUUGCUGGAGCCCAUUCCUCAGUACUCCAUCCCUAGCAAGUACCACAAACUUAAAUCUCUCAUGGCUCAGAGGACUUACUUGGAAUGGCCUAUGGAGAAUAGCAAACAUAGACUUUUUUGGGCAAACCUAAGAGCAACCAUUAAUGUCAAGCUGGUUAGCCAAGCAGAAACCACAUGUCACAUACAGAGAUAAGAAUAUUCACUUCUUCCAGGUUGCUGCCUUGGGCAGUUCUGAUAGUGGUGCCAUUGGCAUCAGCAUGAACCUAAAAAUAAUUUGACAUUAUGAUGUAGGAAUUUGUGCUUUUAAGUUCACCACUAGAGUGUGGUAAUAAAAAUUAGUGGAGUACUUUAA